GCAUAUGGCGGAAUGGUAGGAAAAUGGUCGGUGAAAGUGAUGAAAGAUCUCGUAGUUCGAGAUGUAUCCGCAAGCGAUAUCAGCGCCUGGUUACGAAUAGGAUACGUCUGUGAGGCUUGGCAGUUGUGUUGAGUAAAAAUUAUUUCAGAGUAAAAACGUUUCAGAGUAAAAACGUGUACUAGAGAUCGGAUUAAUAAAUAAUCAACAAAUAAAGUCUCGCCAUGGGAAAAUAUUGUGCUUACCCUGGGUGUCGGACCGGUCGCUGUGCAGAGCGGUCACAGCGAAAGCGGUUGGGGAAAAGGCAGGCUUCAGUAUUCAAGGUGCCAAAGCAUAUGGUUCAUCGCUGGAGUGAAGCAGUCCAACAGGACCUCACGACGGAGCAGUUCAUAUGUGAACUCCACUUUGCGGACAAGAGUGUUGUUCGAGAAGACCGUGUUGUCAGGACUGAUGGUGUCAUCGAAAUGGUCCCUCGUAGCAAAUAUUUGCUUGUCGAUGAUGCAGUGCCGAUUGCAGUUCAGAAUAAGGAGAACGCUAAUGACGCCAGCUUGCCGGGACUAUCGAACGCGCCUUCAACUGGACAGAUUGAGAACAAUAUCCUGGACGAAACUGAUCGACGGGAUCGACGGAUGACGUGCAGUGAUGGUGAUGGUGACGAUGAUGGAGACGAUCAUGAUCAAAUCGGAUUUAACACUUUUGGUGACCACCUUUUGAAGACGACGUCGGAAAGUUCGCUUGCCAGUAGUUUCGCGUAUGAUGACGUGCGUGAUGUACCGUUUGGGUACAACAGUGAUGCAAUGGACAUCACUUCGGAAGAGCCUGUUAGCGACGAUGUUCGGGAAGAAGCUAAUGAUGAAGGCGGAGUAUGCAGCGUUGAAAGUGUGAUCGAUCGACUCAAACAGGCAUUGUUGCCCGAGAGUUGGUGUUGGACAAUGAAUCCUCGCGAGGAAUCUGGCAUCGUCUUCGUACAAAUCGACAGACACACAUUUCAAUCGCGUAUGAAACUUUUUCUGCAUAACGAUCUUUCUGUCACGAUUCAAGCUUUCGACAGCGAGGUCACGAUCGAAUGCGGGAGAAUUAUGACAUCCAUUGAAGAAAUAAUUCAGUUUCUGCGUCACGCGGAAAAUGGCAUCGUGUGCUGUGGAGUUGGGCUAGAGAGCGAAAAGCGCGCAGAAAAUUGUUCCGGCUUUGUAGGAGCGGCAUUAUACAGCAAGUUCGUGCCAAUACCCCGGUGCACUGCUUGCAAACAAAGGCGCAAAAUCCUACAAAAUCGAAAAAAUCGUCGCAAGACGGAUGUUCGUGCUCGAUACGCCCGGAGUAAACAGACAUCAGAGCAGCGGCAACGCCAAUGUCGCCGUUUAAAGCAAAAGGUGUACUCCUUGUUGACGAAAUGUCGCUCAGCGAAGCUAUUAACUUCGAUCGCAAAACAAUGAACUUUAAUGGUUUUGUCGAUCUCGGCCAUCAUACCCCCAUCGAACAACAGAACACUCGAGCAGAUCAUGCGCUUGUGUUCAUGUUCCAGCCGUUUCGAGGAGCGUGGGUUCAAGUUCUCGGCUGUUUUCUGAGCAAGAACUCCGUCACAAGCCAAGUUCUUCACAAGCUCAUCUUGGAGUGCAUCUUGUUGCUUGGUGGCUCUGGAUUUCAUGUGGACGCUGUGACUAUUGAUGGAGCACAGUGGAACCGAGGAGUAUGGAAUUUGUUCGGAAUCAGCGAAAACCAGUUAUCUUGCGAACAUCCUUUCGAUCCCAAGCGACGACUUUGGAUGAUGUCAGAUUUUCCUCACCUCAUAAAGUGCUUCCGAAAUGGGGUUGUGCAGUGUCCGUCAUUCUCGACACCCGAAGGUAUUGUCCUUCUUCGUCACUUCGAGGCUCUUCUUCAGCAUGAGGCGCACACCAAGCCAAAUCUUAGUGUUGCAUAUUUUUUGACAUCGGCGCAUUUGCAACCGAAGGGAUAUCAGAAGAUGAACGUUCCUCUUGCAUUCCAGCUGUUCUCUGACCGAGUCCGAGUUGCAAUGGAAUUGUAUAAGAAUGAUCCGACGUGUCCAGAUUUGCACGACUGCCAACCAACGGUCAAGUUCGUUGAAGUGGUUGACAGGCUUAUUCAUGCAAUGAUGUCGCGUACACCGAUCACCGCUAUGCGUCCUUCGGAUACGUGUCCACAGAAAAAGCACAGCUUGCACGGCAAUCAUUGUGCAACACAACAUAUACCUGGAACCAUAUUAUGUUACGGGAAUAACGUAACAGGAAACGAAAUGUACAUGCGGAAUCAACAAAGUCGAAUGCUACGCUUGCAGUAAAACUGCAGCGAGAGAAGUGCAUCAAUACUUCCUACAAUAAACAUAAUUAUCGCAAUGCACAAUAAAAUAUUGCGACCGUAUGGCGUGCCAUUAUGAUAUCAUGUUGAAAUGACAACAAAUUUAAUACAAUUUCAUAAAUGACGUAAGUGAAGUACGUGUAUGGCGUUUUUAUUCGCACGCAGUACUUUCAUCUGCACAAGAACGCAACUAUUUCAGCAUGCUCUAUAUUCCUGUGUACACACAAAUGUACAAUAAAAUCCCAAUCUAUUCUUGGUAUCUAUCCUAUUUGCUUUAACACGAUUCUUAUUUUCCAUUGCUAUAUAUGUUUAACUAUUGAAAAUUACUUGUACUGCAUUAAAGUAUUCGUAUAUUUUCAUUCAGUACAAACAGUGUUUAAUAUGGUGUUGGCCUGACAAAGCUUACAAUUAAUGCACAUUUUCGUGGCAUGAUAUAUCUGUUGUCAUAAUUACUCAGAUAUUGAUAAGGAAAACAAGUAACUCCAAUCUCUGGUGUUACGUUUGACAACAACGGGUUCAAUUGUAAUUUUUAACAAAUUCCACUAUUUGUAAUUAUUUUUCACAGACUUCUUGUAAUACUAAAAUUGUUAUUAAUGUAGGCCAUUGAAGAUUUCCUUCGCUACCUGGAUGAAUGGCAAAGAAUCGCAAAGAAAGAAAAGUCGCCUUUCCCAAUUUCAAAUCGCACGGUAACGGGAUUGAAGGUCACUCUGGGUGCCACGUUGGAACUUCUAGAGCAUCUGAAAAGUGCCAACUACGAAUACCUUAUGACUGCUCGACUCAAUCAGGAUGCACUCGAGCGCUUUUUCGGUAUGAUGCGAGACGCUUGCGGCAGUAACGACCCCAUCCGGAUCCAACCUUGUUUGCUCAAGUAUACCGUCUUCUCAGCACGUACUCCCUCAUCAAGCCGCCGAAGGGUGGUAACGUAUGUGGUACUGAGCUACUGGAGACUCUAAUGGGAACUAAAGAGUCCAUGGCAGAGAAAGCUAACCAUAAGAGGAAAUUUCUGGAGAAGCUCGAUGCUCUCAUUGAAAUCGGACAAGUAAACGAAUCCACCGAUACCUCUCUCACGGAAUUAUCUCAGCAGGAUAGCCGGUAUUUGGACAUCGGGUCUCAAUCCAGUCUUAAUCAUCUCUCGACACACGACUACGAUGUAGUCAAAACAAGCGACGAAGUUCAAGCGUACAUUGCGGGUUACGUUGCUCGAAAAUGUAUUCGGUUGACCAAAUGUCACGCUUGUAUUGAUUGUUUGAAGAAUGACGACAGGUGUGGUCGCGAUAAAAUUGUGGAUCUUAUGGAUCGCUAUGGUGGACUUGUGUGUCCGAGUGAAGAGCUCUUCAAACUUACGAAAUGUUUGGAAGAGGUUAUUCUCAACGUCGUGGGCACAUUGGCGAUCAAAGAGGACACUCUGUUCCAAAUCAUUCGAAGAGUUCAAGAGACGCGCAACCUGAACUUGGUUGGAUGUUCGGAACAUAAAGAAGACAUGACAAAAUACGUCAUCAAUUUCUACCUUUUGAUGAGAGCAAAUUUUCUGGCGGCUUCAUUGAACAGGAAUUGCGAUGCAAAAAAAGUCAGGAGUAAAGCGUUGCGUAAAAACGCCAAGCUGUAAUCUCAUCGUACAAGAUAAAAGAUUUGCUGAGGCUGUUAUUUCAAUGCCACAAACUACGAGUUCUAUCGCUCAGUGGCAAGGAAAUUACUAAUCUACUACCCGCUAUAGCUUCGUUAAUUAAUCUUGAACAUCUGGACCUUGGUAAAAACAGUAAGCUCAGUGCACUCCGUUCUUCAAAUACUUUUUUGCAAUUAGCUCAGGAAUAUUUAUCCGUGUUGAGAACUUCGUUAUGAAAUGAUUGAAAAAUUAUAGAUGUUGCUGUUCAAGUUAGUGAAUCGCACUAAAAAUAAAAAAAAAUAUCUACGAAAUACAUGAUCGUUUUGAGUAA